UCAGAAUCUUUAAGCACCCAUUCCCCCUCCUUCUCCUGCCAAGCACAUUAAGGCCUUUAUUGCGCGCCGCCACGGCUCGGUGAAGAACAAUGAGGCUUCCAUCCCCCAGGGGAGCGAGGUUGAGUUGGGCUUUGAUAAGACUUUUGGCUUCUCGAAGCAGUUUUUCUCAAAGUACGAGCUUGGUGAAGAGGUUGGGAGAGGACAUUUUGGGUAUACUUGCACAGCCAAGUCUAAGAAGGGAGAGAUGAAGGGGGAGGAGGUGGCAAUCAAGGUCAUUCUCAAAGCAAAGGUUUGUCCCUCUCCGGAAUGAGAUCUGGUGUGGAUUCAGAUCUCAUAAUAUUGUGUCAAUAGCACCAAUAUAAUCAGAUCCGAUAUGCUGCUUUAUUACUGUUUUCUUUUACAUUGUCAUCCAUUUGUUGUAGAUUAUAGUUCCUUAUUUUCAUUAUGUAGCUGUUAAGGAAAAAUAUCUCAAUUGAUAGCUCUUACAUCACAAUCUUCCUCAUAACCUUGAGUUGCUGAGUAUUGCAAUUUAUUUUUUCUUCCUAUUUUUUGUUCCUACAUAGAAAGUUGCGGUAGACAGAUCCAACAAACUUAAGAUGGGGAUGCAUCUGAUGAGUCGAUGGACAUCACAGCUAUAGCAAGAAUGAGAAAGUUCAGAGCAAUGAACAAGCUUAAGAAAGUAGCCUUGAAGUUGAAGGCAUCUAUUCAACCUGGUGGAACAGUUACAUUUGAGCAUCGAAACAUCAAAGGGCAAAACAGGUCCAUUGUGGGCUCUGUGACAUCUAGCAAUCUCCUCAAUCCUCAGGAUGAUCUAUCUUUCAAGCUUGAGUAUGUGCAUCCUUACUUGGAUGGCGUGUAUAAUGGUGCUCGGCAAUUGCCUACUGGUGCUUUGAGCAUGGAUGGACCUCUGACAACCUUGAGUAGUACUGGUGUUGAUCGUAUGGCAUUUGCACAAGCAAACAUUACUUGUGACAACACAAAGUUUGUCAAUAGUGCAAUUGUUGGUGAAAGGAAUGUGUUUCAGCUAGAUCAAGGCCUGGGAAUUGGUACCAAUUUCCCAUUCUUCAACCAUCGUCAGCUCACACUAACCAGAUUCACUCUUGGAGGACCUAAUUCUGUGCGGGGAUACAAUAUGGGUGAGUUGAGUGCGUGUAGGAAUAUUCUUGAGAUAUUGUGUAUGUAUAUGUUUUCGAUUUCAUUGUGAGAUGUUGAGAAAUCAUUGUGUGAGAUGUGUAUAUUAAAUGUAAGCA